AUGAGCGUACUAUGCUCACCAAAUAGAAGUGACAUAGCAAUACAUAGCAAUUCUUAUCCCAAUUUAAAUAAAAUGGAAAAUGUUUCACAUGCUACUUUUCGAGGCAAGCGAAAACAACUCGACGAUGAUGCAUUCAUUAUAACAGAAAUUGGCGAAAUCAGGAAACAGAUGUCUGAAAUGAUGACACUUUUGGCCACUUUAACCAAAAACCAAAGUGAAAGCGCUGAUAAAAUAUGCUCCGAUAUUGCUUCUCUAAAAGAUCAAGUAAAUAAUAUAAAUACAUCUAUGGAACACAUAACCCUCGAACAAGUUAAAAUUAAAGCAGACAUCGCGGAAGUUAUGAAUACUGCUAAUAAUACUGAAAAAAAGCUACUAAAUUUGGAAGCUGACGUCUCGACACUGAAAACCAUCACAGGAAAAUAUCUACCAGGAAAAUGUAGACCUAUUAAAGUAUGCUUUGCAUCACAAGAAGAAGCAUUGUCUAUUCUUCGUAAUAAAAAUAACUUGAAAUUAGAUUCUAUAAAAAUCGUCGCUGAUCAAACUCCGAAACAGCAAAGCUAUCUGAAAACGACGGGUGACGUGCCCCGCCUUGGAAACGCGCAUCUUAAAAACCUGUUCGGCCACCGGCCGAUGCGCCGGCGCAGCUCACGUGUACCACCAGUCGAGACUAUACUACGACGCGGAGCGCUUGCUGCUUAG